UUGUUUUGUGUAGAGACUCUUUUUCUAGACAAACUAAUCCAAAAUCCAAUCCCAUCUGUUUCACCUAGUUGGUAAACUAUCUUCCUCUCUACACAUACCAUUUCUCCCAAUCAUUCACAUCAUAUAUACACACCCAAAUCCCUCAACAUUUUCUUGCUUCAUUCUUUCUUUCUCUCUCUAUUUCUCACCCAACCAAACAAGCUCCAUCUCCAUGGAAAGCAUCGACAUGAAUGAGGAGAGGCUACUGGCCGAGGUCGACUUCAAGGACUCCUCCUCCGUCGUCAUCAAGAUCCGCCGCAAGCUGCCUGAUUUUCUCCACUCCGUCAAGCUCAAAUACGUCAAACUCGGCUACCACGCCUACUCGUGCAGCCCGGCCUCCGCGGCCUUUCUCAUCCUGGCUGCGGUGGCCGUGUCGAGCCUCUUGUCGGCCAAGACAACACUCCUCCUUGACACGGCCACCAUUUUGCUGGCCGCGGCCGCCCUGGCCUUGCCUCUCGGCAUCUACUGGGCCAGGCGGCCGCGACCAGUCUAUCUUGUGGAUUUCGCUUGUUACAAGCCCCACGACGAGCGGAAGCUCUCCGUGGAAUCAUUCUUGAAGAUGACGGCAGAGAAUGGAGCUUUCGAGGAGGACUCGAUCAGCUUCCAGAGCAAGAUCGCUCAUCGCUCUGGGCUGGGGGAUGAGACAUAUUUACCCAGGGGGAUCACGUCUCGUCCCCCUAACCUGUCUAUGGCGGAGGCCAGACAGGAGGCGGAGAGCGUCAUGUAUGGCGCUCUUGACGCCCUUCUCAACAACACUGGGAUUGAUCCCAGUGCUGUUGGGAUAUUGAUUGUGAACUGUAGCUUGUUCAACCCAACCCCUUCACUCUCCUCCAUGAUAAUCAACCAUUACAAGAUGAGGACAGACAUCAAGAGCUUCAACCUCGGGGGGAUGGGGUGCAGCGCGGGGCUGAUAUCGAUCGACCUCGCGAAGCACCUUCUCCGGGCUAACCCGGACACCUACGCCGUUGUGGUGAGCACCGAGAACAUCACCCUCAACUGGUACUUCGGCAACGACCGGUCCAUGCUGCUCUGCAACUGCAUCUUCCGGAUGGGGGGCGCGGCUGUGCUGCUGUCGAACAAGGCCCGGGACAGGCGGCGGUCCAAGUACGAGCUUGUACACACGGUGCGGACGCACAAGGGGGCCGACGACAAGAGCUACAACUGCGCGUACCAGAGGGAGGACGAGGGGGGCGCGCAGGUGGGGGUGUCGCUGGCGCGGGAGCUGAUGGCGGUGGCAGGGGACGCGCUGAAGACGAACAUCACGACGCUGGGGCCGCUGGUGCUGCCGCUGUCCGAGCAGCUGGCGUUUCUCGUGAGGCUGGUGAAGAGGAAGGUGGCAGGGGCGAGGGUGAGGCCUUACAUACCGGACUUCAAGAAGGCGUUCGAGCACGUGUGCAUCCACGCGGGCGGGAGGGCGGUGCUUGAUGCGAUCGAAAAGAACCUGCAGUUGACGGAGUGGCACAUGGAGCCGUCCAGGAUGACGCUGCAUAGGUUCGGGAACACGUCCAGCAGCUCCCUCUGGUAUGAACUCGCAUACACGGAGGCUAAAGGCCGUGUUUCGAGAGGGAAUCGGGUGUGGCAGAUUGCCUUCGGCUCCGGGUUCAAGUGCAACAGCGCUGUCUGGAGAGCUCUGAGGGAAAUCCCACCCCAAGAAUGCACCACUAAUCCAUGGUUCGAUUGUAUCCAUAAGUACCCUCUCCACAUUCCAACUUCCGCUACUUGAUCAUUAAUUUGAAACAAUAGUUCGGGAGUUCAAGUCAUCACGAGAUUAUAUUUACCAUUAAAUUGGUUUUCUGCAAUAUACCCGAAUACUAUGAUUUAUUGUAUGUAGCAAACCAUAAUGCAACAUAAAUUAUUAUUUCAA